GAUUUGACAACCCUCGCAAAUCAGCUGAGCGAUACAUCGCUGAUCUGCGCGAAACUCUUGCGUGAAAUUGCAAAAUCGUCAAACAGAAAGUUUUUAGGAUUGAGUGCGUGCAAAAUUAUAUCCCUUAGUUCUCGGAAAUCUCCAGCUAAAUAUUAGUGAAAUGGCAUCCAAAGUUGUUGCCACCGCUACGGUGCGGGCAGUCAAAAGGAAACUCCUUCCUACGCGAGCAGCUCUUUCCUUGACACCAUCAGCAGUAGCAAGAGUGAAACAGCUUCUAGAUGGAAAAUCUGAAUAUAUUGGUCUCAAAGUCGGAGUACGGCAAAGGGGCUGCAAUGGAUUGAGUUAUACUCUGGAUUAUGCUACUACAAAAGAUAAACUAGACGAAGAGGUGGUACAAGAUGGUGUCAAGGUAUUGAUAGACAAAAAAGCACAGCUUUCGCUAUUAGGCACAGAGAUGGACUACGUAGAAACCAAAUUAUCCGCGGAGUUCGUUUUCAACAACCCCAACAUCAAAGGCACAUGUGGCUGUGGAGAAUCUUUCAGCAUCUAGAGCGCUAGUCAACAAAAUUGUAUAGUGAUAGUAAUAAAUGAGCAUGUCAGACAUACUUAAUCGUUUAAGUAGAAUAUUUACAGUGGCUAUGUUUGACGGUUUGUAAUUUACGCUGCAGGGGCCUGAAAAAGAUUUUAAUGUUAUGUUCAGCUUUCACCUAUUGGUAUAUUGAUUUGAUCAUCGGCUGAGCAUCUAAUCACAGGCAUCUAUGAUCUAAGCAUUAUGUUGCAAGAAAAAAUAAAAGUUGAAUACAUAAUUCAAAUAAAGAACUAGUUUAUUCUAUACGAAA